ACGAUCUUGGCGAAAAGCCGAAAUACGCACGUCUUGUGACUAUUACCUCUUAAAGCACGUACUACCUAAUUUGAUAAGAAUAAGGUAACUUAACAUCUCUGUGAUAUCCAUCCAGGUAGUAGCUGCGCAUCAUAAACGAAAUAAGAUGUGGAGCUACGUUGGACCGCCAAAGGGUAAAGUCCUUGUUACAGGAGGGAGCGGGUUCAUCGCCUCUCACAUAAUCGAUGCAUUCCUUGACGAUGGAUUUGAGGUUGUCGCAACAGUGAGAUCAAAUGAGAAGGGCCGUGCCAUCGUCAGUUCCGCACCCCUUUUGCAACAAAAGAACAUUUCUUAUGUUGUCGUGGGCGAUAUCGCAGAGGAGGGGGCUUUUGACUCUGUAUUCAAGUCAGGAUCAGCCUUCGACUAUGUCGUUCAUACCGCCUCACCAUAUACCCUUAAGGUGCAUGACCCGAUUAAGGACCUAUUAGAUCCAGCAAUCAAAGGGACGACAGGCAUACUCAAGUCGGUAAAGGCUUUCGCUCCCACCGUAAAGCGUAUCGUGAUCACAUCGUCGUCGGCAGCCAUCAUCAACCCUCUUAAGCAUGCCCAGAUCUAUGAUGAGACGAACUGGGCCCCGUGGACUUUAGAAGACAUCCACAUUCCCAAGAGGGCUUACGAAACUAGCAAGGCACUUUCCGAAAAGGCCGCUUGGAAUUUCGUUGAGACCGAGAAGCCAAAUUUUGACCUUGCCACCAUAAAUUGCACUUUCACUUUCGGUCCUCUGCAACGCAGUCUUCCGAACCUGGAUGCUAUGAAUACGUCUAACCACCGUAUCCGGGACAUGGUUCAGGGUAAGAUGAAAGGUGGCCUAUCUCCGACUAUGCCGGUAUUCACCUUCGUCGACGUGCGUGACGUAGCCCAAGCGCAUCUCAAAGCCGUAACUAUGCCCGAGGCAGGCGGGAACCGUUUCUACGUCGUUGGAGGAUACUUCUCCAAUAAACGGAUCGCGGACGUGAUUCAACAUUCGUUUCCAGAGCUAGCAGCGCGGUUACCUGAGGAUUCGCAUGAUGAUUUCCCUGCUGAUGUGUACAAGUUCGACAACAGCAAGUCUAGGAGGAUACUGGGAUUGGACUAUAUCGAUUUGGAUAAAUCUGUAAGGGACACUGUUCAGUCGAUAAUUGAUAGGAGCCCGGAGUUAUGAAGAGGUGCUGAAUGGAUGUGUUCCCCCAAGAUAGGACAAUGUAGCUUAUGGAGGUGGAUCCUAGCUCUAGACUGCGGAAUAACUACCUACAUUAUUCCCUAGGUACGCAUUAUCUCCUAUUCCGCUAUGGACGUUGAUUAAAACCACCAAUGUGAAAGACAUAAUCUUCUCGGGAACACGUUAGUAUUGUACUGCUGAAUGUGCGCACACGUUGCUAGGGAAGUUAAUCCUAGCCGAGAGCUUCUUUGGAUUUAGCCAUAUCACCUUAUUCUGACUUCAUUUCAUCGAGUAUGGAUGAAUAGAAUAAGACGAUCUACGGGAUCUAUAUGGGAACACCUGUCCCGACUGUCCACAUAGGUAAUUACUUCGUACAUGUUUACCUAUAGAGCCAAUAGGUAACUAGAGCCUAGGAUUUCUUGUUCUGCUUUGUCAAUACUACCUAGCUAUACAGUGAAGAUGCUACUCGUACGACCUACGGACCCAAGAUUAAAAUAUUAUUCUUAUACUUUACGAAUUAUCAUUUAAAACACCAGUGUGUGCUUAUUAGAUGGG